AAUAAAAUUCAAAUGUAAACUUUCCAAAAAAAUAUAAAGUGUCUUUAACAUAAUUUUAUAGUUACUAAGAUGUAGAUGCCAUUAUAAAUAUAAAAUAGAAAAGAGACAUUUUUAUAAUUCCACUUAGAUUUACAAAUCAUUGCAUAAUGGGUACCAGACAACCUAGAAGAACCUCGCCGAGCAACUGGCAAAGUAUAGUAAAAGAUGAAUACAUUCCACUGAAAGUCGGUUCUAUAGAUGCAACAGACACUCAGCCACAUGACAGAGCAAUAAUCAGAGCUGAAACUUCAGAGUAUUAUCCGAAUAAAAAAGUUACCGGUGAGGCCAGGAAGACUAUAUUUAUAGGCAGAUUGAAUCCACAUAGCACAGAAAAUACGCUUAUGAGAUUUUUCUCAGAGUUUGGCAGGAUCAGAAAGUGUCGUGUAGUUCGUGAUAUUGUUACAGGAUUUUCAAAGAGGUAUGCUUUCAUAGAAUAUGAGCAUUCUGCUGACGCCUUAAAAGCAAGUGAGAGAGCUGAUGGAAUGAUUAUUGAUAAGGAGAAGAUAUUUGUAGACAUGGAAUGUGAACGAACUUUGAAAGGAUGGAAACCUCGUCGCUUAGGAGGAGGAUUUGGAGGACAAAAAGAAUCAGGUAAACCAGAGGAAGCACCUAAAUUAAAAGAAGCACCUAAAUUAAAAGAAGCACCUAAAUCAAAUGAAGCACCUAAAUCAGAUGAAGCACACAUUAUAGAGUUCGUGGAUGAACUGGUUUAUGUACUGGAUUCUUCAGAAUCUGAAGACAAUGCAUCUGAAACUCAAUCUCAAUCAUGUGGUUCACCUCAAGUUCCGGAUCAUACAUAUGAAAAUGUGACAAUCAACAAAAAGCCCAGACAACCACGUGCACGAACAGUUCUACAAACUUUAGGAAUUGGCAAAAUAGAAUACUUGACGAAAAGGGAAUUGAAAAUGUAUAACAUGAUCAAAGAUCAUGAAAAAACAAUUAAUGAGUUAAAACGACAAAAACUUACACUUGGAAAGCAGUUAUAUAGAGCAAAAGCAAUGAUUGCAAAUUUAAAAGUUUUGAAUAAAAUGAAUUUGAAACUUAGCUAAGAAUAGAAAUUAUAUAUUCCUUGAAAUUCUGUUUUGAAAUGAAAGAUUGGUUUAUAAUAUGCGAGGUGU